ACAGACACACACACACACACGGUCGGUCCGGGCCGGACCGGAGCUACACCGGGGACAAUAUUUUCUCUUUUUCCUGCUGUCUGUGCGUUUUGGCGAUCUGUUUAACAUCGUUCACACGAGGCGCCCGGAAUUGAGUGUCUACACGGAGCAAACGAGGCCGUUUGUGGCGGUUUUUGUGGAUGAGAGCGUGACGCCUGUUUUUAUUUGUGUUCACUGCGACACGGAAAGUGACAGAGCAGGAUUCCUCGUCUUGACAGCUUAAAACACGACUGGAGCCUUAAACAUGCUGUUGCACUUUACUUCAUUGGCUUAAAGAGUCAGUUUUAGUACUUUAGCCGUCUUGCUGUAGGAGAGCAGGCCGGUGGAGAAAGCCUAAUCAUCAUCAUAAUCUUCAUCAUCCCACGCCUGGUGUUUAUAGUCUAAUGUUUCAGAUUCAAAUACAUCUGUCGGUGCUUAACUUAUUCUUGAACACGAUGAGAGGAAAGUAACAGUAUUAAGGGUGUACGUUAAGAAGUUAGGAACACACUGUUGUCAACAUGAUGUGAGAUAAUCUCUUUUAAUGUGGAUACAACUGAUACAGAUUGACUUUGAAAGAUGUUGUAGGUGUUAGGAACACAGGAUUGCUAAAGAAAAUACUUAAGACAUAGGCUAGAGUUAAAUGCCUUAUGCAGUCCUUUAAGUCAAUACUACAGCGGUCGUAUGAAUGAAUUGAGGUGCAUAAAUAAGGUAAGGGCCACCAUUUAAAGCUAUGAUGUGAACUUUUAGUAUGCGAUGCACUUAUUAAGGAGAUAUUGAACUGUUUCUCCCUGGGUUUGCGAGGAUUGAACUGCAUUGUAGGUGAUUGAGGGAACUUCUGUUGGAUUUUAGUGUGUGACAGGCAGUGGCGUGUGCUCCAGCUCCCUGGAAAUGAGAAGAUGAAUUGCGAGGAACAAGCUGUAGAUUUGUGCAAUGCUAUAGAUUUGUGCAAUGUGUCUGACAACACUAUAUCACACACCUCGGACGAGAUCCUUCCCCGUGACGACCUCCUGCCGACGGAUGGAGAUCUGGGGGAACGGGACACUGCUGUCCUGACCAGGUUAAAAGACGUCCAUUCGAAGGACGAUGGUUCCUCUGAGCUCAAAGCACCGCAUAGUAAAAACAACGGCUCCAUUGCUGUGUCAGCUGACCCUGUUAAUGGUUCUGCAGGCGAUCUGCAACAGAACAUAAGCAAGUUUGAGGAACCACCAGUGAGCAAGUGCUCUGUUGGAGAUGGGGGUGAUGAUGAUGGUGAGAUGGAUAUCGGUGUGGAUUUAAGUCUGGAUGAAAAUGGCGUUUUGGAAUUCGAGCCAACGGCCCAGACUCAAAGUGAGGAAAGUGCCUCCAGUUGUGAGAACUCGCUAACAUCAGAAACUGUCAUAGAACUGCAUUCACAGCAACCUCCGGAAGAACGUAGUGAGGAUGUGCCCUCAGAAACCACGUCAGCGGCUACAACACCAGGCAAUGGAGCUGGGAGUAAGCACGGGGCCAAAAGGGUGACCUUUCCGUCGGACGAAGACAUCGUCUCGGGUGCGGUUGAGCCGAAGGACCCUUGGAGACACGCCCAGAAUGUGACGGUGGAGGAGAUUCUGAAUGCCUACAGACAGGCAUGCCAGAAGCUCAACUGCAAACCAAUCCCUAAAGUGUUCAAACAGAUACAGGACUUAAAAGACCUGACACAGCGAAACGAGUGCCUAGAACUUAAAGGAGAGAAGCUGGAUUAUAAAUCAUGUGAAUCUCUGGAGGAGAUCUUUAAGAGGGUGCAGUUUAAAGUGCUGGAUCUGGAACAGACAAACUUAGACGAGGAUGUGACCACAGCACUGAAGAUGAACAUGAACCUCAGAGAGCUGUAUCUGGCUGAAAACAAGCUGAACGGUCUGCAGGACUCGGCUCAGCUGGGGAAUCUGCUGAAGUUCAACUACAACAUCCAGAUUCUGGACCUGAGAAACAAUCACAUACUGGACUCAGGGUUGGCGUAUGUAUGUGAGGGUCUGAAGGAGCAGAGGAAGGGUUUGGUCACUCUGGUGCUUUGGAACAACCAGCUCACACACAAUGGCAUGGGAUACCUGGCCGCCGCUUUGCCUUUCACUCAAAGUUUGGAAACACUGAACCUUGGUCAUAACGCAGUGGGGAACGAAGGAGUGCACAAACUAAAAGACGGACUCAUAGCAAACCGGUCCAUCCUCAGGCUGGGUCUGGCCUCCACCAAACUCUCCUGUGAAGGAGCGGUGGCUAUCGCAGAAUUCAUCGCUGAGAGUCCGAGGAUCCUCCGGCUGGACAUGCGGGAGAAUGAAAUUAAAACCGGAGGCCUCAUGGCUCUCACGCUCGCCUUUAAAGUCAACUCAUCGCUGCUCCGACUCGACCUGGACCGAGAGCCCAAGAAAGAGACGGUGAAGAGUUUCAUCGAGACACAGCGCGCCCUGCUGGCAGACAUUCAGAACGGCUGCAAGAGGAACUUCAUCCUGGCCAAAGAGAAGGAGGAGACGGAGCAAAAGAUGAGGCAGUCUGUUUCAAUGGCCGAAAUCGCCACUGAGGACCAAACUCAGGAGGAUGAAGAUGCAUCUGCUGAGAAAAUCGAGGAAGAAAACACCGCAGGUCAGGGAGACGCAACCAACGAGGGAAGUGCAUCUGACAGCCAAGAGGUCAUCGAUCAAAAACCGACACUACAAGACGACUCGGACUCUGACACCGAGGAUGAGGACGCAGCCGAGGAGCCAAAAGCUUCUGCAAACACCACACAUCCCAUACCGAUUCCUGCAAUAAGCGCCUGUAAGGCCGUGGCCUCGACGCCUCCUCUACCAGAAUCCCCAGCGGGAAUAACGGUGACCGAAGCCAGCGCUGUCCCCGGAGCCCCAGCAUCUCCUAGCCGCUGCUUUUCGGUGUCUAGUCCCGGCAGAGGACACAAAAUCUUUAUGGUAACCCGCGUGGAAAGCCCUCCGGAGCAGCAACAGAUGACUGCAUUCAGCGAGAGGGCGGCAGAGAGCCAAACAUCCACACAAACUAAUAUAAAAGCACCUUUAGAUGCACCAUUGAACCAAACAGCAUCUGAGCUCAGCACGUUAACAUCACGUGCAGAAACAACACCAGCACCUGUUCAACCGCUCAACGCGUCUUCACUUGCGGAUAAGCAGGAGAAUGUGAAGGAGUCUCAAGCUUCACCGUCAGAAAUCGCACAGGAACCUGCCACGCCAUCUGAAAGCCAGAAGGACGCCGUCCUUGCCGAUCAGACUCACUUAGAGCAGCAGUUGAUUGUAAAUACAAGCAUAGAAACAUCGCAAAAUGUAAGAGAGAAGGGCCAGACGUUCUGUUCUCACACGGAGCAGAAACAGGAAUCGAGUCCCACCCAAACAGAGCCAUCAGUUUCAGGACAAUCCCGAGAUGAGACGCUAUGUCCAGAACAACUGCGGGAAGUUCAGCCAGGUGCUAACGGAGAAAAACAAGUGCAGUCUAGUGAGCAGCAGCAGGCCUCUCAGCUGCAGGAGGUCACGAGAGGUCACGAACCCCUAGAUGAGGAAGACUGCAGUGCUCCUGACCAGAUCUCCACAGAAGAAGCUGAAGGUCAUCCGGCUGUGAGUACGGCAGCAGCGCUGCCCAACGGGCUGAAGCCAGAGUUUGCCUUUCACCUGCUUGAACCCGAGGGACCCAAACCAGCCAGCUGCAUUAUGGAGCAUGUGAGCGUGACAGCAGAGCUGAGCUGUGGGCAGGAUUUAGAGGAGCUUCUCCUUGAUGCCAGUCUGGACACCAGCAGAGAUGCACCGUAAAUGCUGUAACCAAGGAUCCACACAUGCAGAGAGAAUCAGAAGGGCCGGUUUGUUCUCGCCACAUGGCAUUCGCUCAUAUUCCUCGGGUCUCUUUCAGUCUUUUUCAUGUCUUUUCCACUAAUUUUCCAAUCGUUGCAUCAGAACACAGAGGACUCACCUUCCCUCCAGUGUCCAACUUUGAUUGAAAUUAGGAAAAUCUCUUCUGCGAUUCAAACAUUUGCCGUAAAGUUGUAUGUUCGUACAGUUACCAAAGACGCACAUGCAGAGAAACACACACACACUCGCUAACCGGCGACCUUCUUCUGUUCCUCCCCGUUACGCUGUCGACUGUGGCGCCUCACCGCAGCGCUGCUCUCCGCCGCCCCCUGGUGGACUGGAGGUUGUAAUGCAGUACAGAGACUGACCGGCUGCAACAUGCGAAGACAUUUCAUUGGUUUUGGCUUUCCGAUAUGGUCAAGUGGGCAGACGUUGUUUCGUGAGAGCGUCGUUGCGAGUCUCUGUGUGUGUUUGUUGUUAUUAGUGUCUCGUUAACACAAAAAAAGACUUGAGAUCUGCUUUCCGUUGGAAUCGGUCAAAACACUCACUUCUGAUCUCAGAUCUCACCAGGUUCCCUUCAUCAACCAGCACUUCUGAAACCUGCGUGAAUGUGUGGAACAAUUUAUCUGAGUCAUCUGAGUGAUUCGGACAUCUUCGUCCUCGGCAAACGAACGAGUUGUACAGUUUUCACUCUCUCUUACAGUCUCAAACACUCAUUCUGUCUUCCAUUGGUAAAACCCUGUGUGUCACCGUACGUACCCAUCCGAAGACAGGACAAGACACGUUUGCCUUUAAACCUUUUUUCAGCUCUUUAUUCCGGCUGCUUGGCUGAAUCAGUUUGUAUUUAUUUUAAACAACCCGAGUCUGUUGUGUGAUUCCUUUUUUUUUUUUUUUUUUUUCCUCUUAAUG